CAACAUGCUGCCGCAACAUCUGCAUGCAAAAUGCCCAAAUUUGUGCCACGCGAACGCAAACACAGGAAACUCGCGAAACAGAAGGAGGCUGCUAAAAAGAAUGGCGUCGCCCAGCACGAGCCGGUGGACCAAGCCAAUGCGGCGGAAAUCGUGCCCGUUACCCAGGUCGAGAAAGACGAACGACGAAGGAGAUUGAAAGAGGAGUUGACGGCGCAUGAACCUGAGUCUAAGAUUUCUUCCAAGAAGAGAAAGAGAUUAGACAAAUACAUUGAAACAAAGCUCAAGAAUGAGGAAAACCAGGAGUUGCUGAAGAAGUUGGCAGCGCAGAAAGUGGAUACCAGCCUGUUACGGAGCUCAAAGCAGCUAAGCCGUGUGAACGAGACCAGAAAGGAACAAUUACAGCGAGCUCUGAAGGAGAAAGAAGCUGGGAUAUCUGGUAAUUACGACGAGAUUCUGCUGGAGCGACGGCCUGAAGUGCAGCAAUACCAGGAUGACGAGGCCGACGACCAAGGCGACGGUGAGGAGGCCAAAGCUGGUGUUGAGCAAACCCGAGUCGAGACGACCGCAGGAGGCUUGGAAAAGGUUGCGAUCGGGGCAGGACUCAAGCGGCCACUGGAGCUGGACGAAAGUGGACGGCCAAUGAUCAAGAGACGGAAACGUCAGAAGAAAUCGGCCGCCAUCAAGCCGCAGCUCACCUUUGACCUCACACCUAUGCAAGAAAGUGAGGACGGUGAAGAUACGUCUGCCGAGGACGAAGAGGUUUGGAACGGCUUCGACUCAGAUGCUAGUGACUCUGCUUCGCAGCUUUCAGAUGUGUCCCUGCAGGAUGGCGCUUCGAACGAAUCGAGUGAUGAGGACGACGACGGCGAUGAAGACGAUGAGAGCAUGACUGAUGGAUCAGAAGAGUCCGAAGAGUCAGACGAAGAAGAUGGGGGUCAGAACAUGGCCAAUGACAAACCAUCGCGAGUAUCAGCUUUCAAGGCCUGGGCGGAUUCGCAACGAAAUGAAGCUGUUGGCUUCGUACCAUCCGCAGUCCCCGAGAAUCAGGAGGCGAUCAAAGCAAACUUCAGGCCAAGGGCACUGUCACCAGAUCCGGUAGCAGCAAAUAUCGCUGCCGCCUCCCAGCCAACGGAAAAUGCCUAUCGGCCAGCAAGCGCAGUGGUCGUAGAACGUGACACCGACAUCCAGGAAGCGCGUCUGAAGCUUCCCGUUGUUCAGGAGGAACAAAAGAUCAUGGAAGCCAUCCACAAUAAUGCGGUCACAAUUGUAUGUGGCGCCACCGGUUCCGGAAAGACGACUCAGCUCCCGCAGAUGUUACUGGAGAACGGAUAUGCUACAAAAGGCAUGCUUGGCAUCACCCAGCCUCGCAGAGUCGCUGCGACGUCUGUCGCGGAUCGCGUCAGAUAUGAGCUCGGGAAGACCCAUGGCAAGCAAGUAGCACAUCAGGUCAGAUUUGAUAGCAGUGUUAGUCGUGACACGAAAAUCAAAUUCAUGACCGAUGGUAUCUUGCUUCGCGAAAUUUCGCAAGAUUUCUCGCUCUCGAAAUACAGCGCAAUCGUAAUCGACGAAGCACAUGAGCGCAGUGUCAACACGGAUAUACUCAUUGGCAUUUUGUCGCGAAUAGUGCCACUUAGACAGGACCUGAGCCGCGAGGACCCGGAUAAAUAUGUGCCGCUCAAACUCAUCAUCAUGAGCGCGACACUACGAGUGACCGACUUUCUCAUGAACGAUCGAUUGUUUCGCAAAGUAAAGCCUCCAAUAAUAGAGGCCGAAGGACGUCAAUAUCAGGUCACAGAACAUUUCGCACGCAAGACUCAACGCGACUAUGUUUCCGAAAUGGUUCGCAAAGUGGCAAGAGGCCACAAGAAGCUACCACCGGGCGACAUCUUAGUGUUCCUCACUGGGCAAGACGACAUUCAGACUGUUCAGAAGAGACUGAAAGAACAAUUGACGCUAGAGAGUGCCGGUUUCCAGCUCUCUAAAGCCCGCAAUGCUGAGUCCAAGAUUGUCAAUGACUACAUGGAAGACGAUGGCAAGGACGGCGCAGACGACUCCGACUCCGAGCCGGAGAUUACAGGCUUGGAUGAUGAAGACGACGAUGCCGAAUUUGCAGUAGAAGAGCAACAGACGUCUUCCGCAAUGCCCCGGGGACAAUUGAAAGCUCAGAUCCUGCCACUCUAUGCAGCACUACCAAAAGCGCAACAGGACCAAGUGUUCGUCAAGACGCCCGAAGGUAGCAGAAAAAUCAUACUGGCUACUAACGUUGCAGAGACAUCUCUCACAAUAGACGGCAUCAAAUAUGUCUUCGAUUGCGGUCGCAGCAAGGACAAACAAUACCACAUCGAAACUGGCGUGCAGCAGUUUGUGGUCGACUGGAUCUCAAAAGCGAGCGCUUCUCAGAGAAUGGGUCGUGCUGGUCGUACUGGGCCCGGUCACUGCUACAGACUGUACAGUUCGGCGGUAUAUGAGCGCUAUUUCGAGCAACACACCCUGCCCGAAAUUCUUCGGACGCCUAUAGAGGGCACAGUGCUGCAAUUGAAGAAUAUGAAGGUGGACAACGUGGUCAACUUUCCUUUUCCCACGCCCCCUCAAGCCGAACAGCUUGCGCAGGCUGAGCGACUGCUCAAGAACCUCGGCGCGAUCAAAGCGAAUACGGGGCAGGUCACUGAAGCAGGAAAGGAGCUGAUCAACUAUCCUGUCAAUCCAAGAUUUGGCAAGAUGCUGCUCCUGGGACGGCAGUACGACGUUCUUUCGUAUGUUAUUGCUUUGGUCGCAGGCUUAGCAGUAGGUGACCUCUUCAUACCGGAGCCUCAACUUCUGCGAAGUGAGGAGGACGACGAGUUGAGCGAUCCCGAUGACAGAAAAGUGCAAAAGCGAAUGGACGCUGCCGCGCAGUCCGCAGCAGAGAAACGUCGGCAGGCUUACGGUCGUGCUCGAGAAGCCCUUACGUACAAAGGCGACACCUCAGAUGCGAUGAAGGUGCUUACUGCCGUUGUCGCCCAUGCACACGCGGAAGCUGAUGAUGAAGCCUCGUCGUUCUGCGAAAAGCACUUUCUACGAGAAAAGGGAAUGAGCGAAGUACAGGCGCUCCGCCGGCAACUCCACAACUUGAUGGAGCCUCAUCUGCAGACCGCCACGGACCGCGCAUACCGUCCGAAUCUGAACCCGCCUUCCGACAAGGAGGUUAGCCGUAUCAAGCAAAUCGCGGCUGCUGGUUACAUCGAUCAGGUUGCAGUACGUUAUGAUCUUCUGCCCGGCGCGGUGUCCAUUGGGAGAAAGCCGCAGCGGGCGAUUGAGGUUACAUAUCGGACGCUACAACCAAGCAAUGACGAAGUCGAUCGACAAGCAAGUAUGCAAGAACAGGAGCGACAAAAGUGCGUCUUCGUCCACUCGAGCAGUCCUCUUGCUCGCCUGUCCACGACAGAAAUGCCGCCGUAUGUGAUCUAUUCUUCUCUCAGUCGUGCAGCGGUGCGCACCGUUGGAGGUAUUCAGCGAACACGCUUACAUCCUCUUACGCCUGUAACUCAAGUCCAACUGGCAAGUCUUGCGGAAGGCACGCCUUUGCUCGACAUUGGUAAACCGAUUGGCAAAAUUGAGGAAGUCGGUGUCGGGAAAAGGCAAUGUUGGGUCUCGGUGGCUUUGCGAGAUCCGGCAAUUGCAGGCUCGACCGGAUGGCCAAUGAAAGCAUGGAAAGUGCUGCAAGCGAAAGAUGGCAAGGAAUGGGUUAUAGAAAAAGUCCUGGAUAGGGGCAGGUAGUCGUGCUACUCUCGCCAUCACCAAUACGAGAUCCUACGAAGCCAAUAGCGUUCAUGCCGCCAUUCCGUCAUUAUGCAACCCACACCGCCUGUACACCACAACAGUUGACCACAUCGCCAAUGCCACGUAUUUGUAUGCACGUAUGGUUGGCAUAAGGUUGCGUUUCGGAACGUGUCAAGCAGCGGACCUUGCAGCCAACCCCGAAAGAUUGCGGAGCCUGGCGGCUUUGACAGGAUGCAAACAGGGAAUAUGAGUCGGCUCUGUCGAUCAAUUGGUUCCAUCAAACAACACACUAAGGGAAUGGCGCAGCAGCGUGAGACGGUCGAAUUCAAAGACAUUGUGACUUUGGAGAUUCGAAGGGGAGUCCUUGUGAUGAGGGUUGAUGUGUUGGUUUGCGGUCCGACGUGACGAGAGACUGGUUGGAAAUUGGGGUUGAGGAUACGAAGGGUGAGGGCUAACGCGAUGUGGAUUGUGCAUGAAUUGGAUGAGUUCACGUGAAUUGCAGGAGAUGCAAGAUUGGCACUUACACAAUUGCAAUUGAUGAAGACCUAUCCAGAUCCUUCUACGAGCUCGGUUCUCACGCUUCGUGGACAGAACACGCUCGAAGGAGAAUUCCACCAGUACGCAGCAGAAAACAAUUGAAAUCAGUACACCAUGGCCUGCA